AUGUCUUCUAGCUACUGGGAGUCAACCCAACGGAAGUUUUGGACUUUUACAAAGCAAGAGCUAGCACUGGAACGAAAGAGAAUGGAAGAUGCAGAAAGAAAUCUGGUCAACCUAUACCCUCUGCCAGAUCGGAGGCAUCUUAGCAUCUACUUCUCCCACCAACUCUCGAAGAUGGCAAGACCACUAGGGAUCCGACAGCAAGCUCUGGCCACCGCCCAAGUGUACGUGCGGCGGUUCUAUGCCAAGGUCGAGAUUCGAAGGACGAACCCAGCGCUCGUGCUGGCAACAGCGCUGUACCUAGCGUGCAAGAUGGAGGAGUGUCCACAGCACAUCAGAAUGGUAUUAGCAGAGGCACGUCACUGCUGGGACACAUCGUUCAACGACGUCUCGAAGAUUGGCGAGUGCGAAUUUACACUCAUCUCUGAGAUGAACUCGCAACUAAUCCUCCAUCAUCCAUACCGCAGCCUCGCUGAACUCCAGACCCAAUUCCAGCUGACCCAGGAAGAGAACGCCCUGGCAUGGUCGAUCAUCAACGAUCACUACCUUACAGACCUCCCGCUUCUUCACGCACCGCAUGUCAUUGCCAUUACGGCCAUGUUUCUGGCAGUCGUUCUCAAACCCAUUGGCUCUCAAGUCAAUGCAGCCGGAAUGAACAACGCGCUCCAAACGCUGGGCAAUGCGCGUGGUGGACAGGGAAUGCAGGCAAGAAUACAAAAACUGGUCGACUGGCUUGCUGAGAGUAGCGUUGAUAUCGAGGCUGUUGUUGAGUGCACGCAGGAGCUUAUAUCGCUGUAUGAGGUCUGGGAGACGUAUACCGACAAGACGUGCAAAGACCAGAUUGCAAAAUUUGUCAAGGCGAGAGGUCUGGAUAAGUAA